UGAUUUAGUUUUUAUUUAUUUUUUUAUUUUUAUAACCCCCCCCCCCCCGCCCCUUGCUCCUCCAGCCUCUCCGCCCUCUCUCUCCGCCUCUGCUGACCGGAGGAUCGAGCCGGGGUGUGCGGGCUCGAACACUGGGCGUAGCUGGGGAGGAUUCCGCUGAGCCGCCGCUAACCACGACCGACCGACCUUGUGUUCUCCAGAAAGCCCGUAGACCCGUGGCGAUCCUGUGAGCUUCAAGUCGAUCAGCCCUGUCCUGCAGAGACGGACCACCACCACUCAAGAGGAGAUGAAGCCGGAUGGGGUUACCACGGCAGCAAUGGAGCCAAUGGAAGCGUUGGAUUCCAGUCCAGGAAAUGAGGCAGCACCCGCCGUAGGACAGGAGCCCAACCAGGCAGCCAGUCCGGUGGAAGAGGAGAUGGUUCAGGUGGAACCCCAGCCAGAACAGGCCAAGGAAACCCCAGCUGCAAAGACCAGCAACAAGACCUCAGGAGACUCCAAAGCCAAGACUCCAAACAAGGCCCCAGCCAAGACAAAACCUACCACCACCAGCCAAACCAAGACCACAACUGGCUCACGUCCUAACACAACCCAGAGCCGCCUCUCGAACGGCACGUCGAAGCCUCAGACCAACGGAGUGGCUAAGAAGGCCACGCCCGCUCCAGACAAAAAGAGCACCCUGACCUCAGCGCCCUCCAAAAAACCAACAGGCACGGCUGGAGUGCCACCCUCCAAGAGCAAAGUGGGUGAGAAGAAAGCCCCUGGUGCUGCCCCCCCCACCAAUGGUGCAAAGUCGAUGACUGGACCAACAGCAGCCAAGAAGACCAGUACCACUGCAGCUCCUGCGAAAAAGCCCAUAGCUCCCAAAUCUGCAGCUCCUUCCAAGUCUGGCACUGCUGCUGCACCUAAGCCUGAUAAGGCCGCUGUUCCCAAGACAACCAGGCCAACAACUGGCACAGCAGCAUCACCUCGUCCAGCCACAGGCUCAACCCGGCAACCCCUUACAAGUGCAACCAAGAGCUCCCCAGCUACAUCCAAACCUGCCACUCCUAAAACCCCCUCCUCUGCUGCUAAACCUGCUGCCUCCAAACCAACCUCCUCUACCCCCUCUGGUGGCAGAGUUGCCACAUCACAAACAUCUAGAAACUCAACCCCUGUGAAAAAAGAUGUUACCAAACCAGCAACCGCAGCAUCCAAAAAGCCUGCAGACUCUCCUCUUACCCGUCCUUCAUCUACUACAAAGUCCGCAAAAUCCGAGACCCCCAAAUCAGCCACCACCACCAAAAAGCCAACUACUACUACCAAGGCUGUGGACACAAAGACACCCAACCGCUCAAAAACACAAGAGAGUAAGCCCACACCUUCCAAGACGCCUGGCUCCAAACCGGCUGCAGCCAAGACUCCCACCGCCAAGAAAACUGUGGGCAGCAGCACCCCAACCCCUGUGAAGCGUGGCCCCAAAGCAGCAACAGUUGCCGAGCCUGUAAAGGAAAUUGCCGCAGCUGUAGCUGCUGCUGCAGCUAUUGCUACGGCUGCAGCUGCCAUUGCCGUGACAGAGGAACCAGAACCUCUCGCUGAAGUAGCUGUGGAAAAAAUCUCAGAGCCCACACCAGAACCAACACAAGAACCUGUACUUGCACCGACGCCAGAGCCUUUACUUGAGCAAACUCCAGAACCCCUACGUGAACCAACGCCAGAACCCGUUCGAGAACCAUCUCCAGAACCCCUACGUGAACCAACGCCAGAACCCGUUCGAGAACCAUCACCAGAACCCAUUCGAGAACUAUCACCAGAACCUGUUAGAGAACCAUCACCAGAACCUCUCCGAGAACCAUCACCAGAACCC